AUGGCGACGGGCGUUGCGCAAAGCAACCUGUUAGAGUCACCGCAUCAAACCCCCGAGUCUUCCGACCUCGAGGCUGCCCUUCCGAACUACUUCUCCCGCUGCGGUCCUCACGGACGCUUUACUUGCUCGGGGACGUCCACUCACUCAAACUCGUCUGGCGAAGAAUGGAUUAUCAAUGACUUGGACCAGAGACGCGGUGUUAACGUCCAUGUUUCAUCCACCGGCCAAGUCGAUAAAACCUUUGUCUUUGAGGCUGUUGAGAAAUUCAUCGACACCCUUCCACCCGGUGUUUUGGAGGAUUACGACGACGUCUAUUCCUGGGCUCCGUUGUACCGGGAACGCACCGCCUUCCCUAAGCACCUGCCAACGGUUCGUCGCGAAGAGCUCACCGAACGUCGUCGGCUUGGGAACCAACUCGAUCUGGUCACUUACUUACCGCCAUCGGGCAGGAUGAAAAUGGCCAUGUUCAAAUACCACUUGGAUGGAACCGACGUCGCCACUGCGUGGCACGAGACAAAUUGCGUCUCAAGUAUACCGCCACACGCCAAUAUUGUCCCGUUCGAUGCCCUCGUCGUGGCUUCAAUCAACACCGUCGACAGGGUAGUCGGCUUUACUACACGUUACGUCACCAGCGGGACGCUGUGGGAGAACAAAGACUACGUCUUCAAGCUCAAAUACCUCGAACAGCUCAUCAGUGUCGGUCCUGUCCCCUUACCCACCGGCCUCUGGCCCUCAGCAAAAUUGGGCUGGGAAGGCGACCGGCACAAUCGUUAUGCGUUCGGAUACAAAGAAGACCGCAACGAUGUGAAGUUCAUCAAGCUAACAGUGCAAGAGCUUAUCACCCGAGAGUUUUGUUCCCGCCCGAACUUCCAAUCCCACGAACUUGACAUGUCCCAAGUCACGCUCAAGGAGGAGUGGGUGCCGCAUGAGGAUGCGAAACUCGACAGCCCUAUGGAGGCAUACAGGCGGGUCCUCGAUGAUUGGGUCAAAAGAAGGGAUGAAAGCGAGAUUGAUCACUUCAGCAAAGCGUCGAAUCCUCUCGACUGGCUACCGCUGCCUGUUGAUGACACCAUGCGAUUGGAUCCAUCAUUUCGACUAGGAAAUACGCGGGCCAUGAUGUCUGCUUAUGUGAAGAAGUAUCUGACGUGGGAGCGCCCACCGACGGUCUCUUUGCCACAGGUCCUAAAGGGGAAACAGCUCCUUGCGACUGGAGAGGUUGUCGAAGAUGACGGAGGAGAAAGUGGUGCUCUGGGCAGCCCAGCGGGGUGCUCCGACUUGCAAUCGGUUCUCACCAAUACAGGACUCAACAGCAAAGACCAGAUCACCAAAAUCAUGCCUCGAGGAUACUAUCUCGCGCAGGGUCUCAUCCCUCUUGGCUACAGCAGCAGCGACGAUGAGGAGGGUCCGUGUGAACUUCCCGACGGCCGCCUGGUUUGCGGUCCGCACGGGUUCGUGGUUUGUGGCAAGUGCUGCGUCGACUACAGCUUCAUGGACGAUAUUCUGAGCAACCAGGGCAACGACGAUGGCGAAGAAGAGGAGGAGUCCGAUGAGGACAGCGGCGGGGAUGGGAUAGAGCCUGACUUUACUCAGCACCAUUUGGGCCCUCCACUGCUAAAGGGCACCGGCCGAUCUUGGCCCUCAAAGUUCAUCCCGCCUUCGACCACGGACACGCCCGCCGAGUUGUUCUCUGGUCGCAGGCAACAUAUGCGUGUCAUCAGAUACACCCAUCGAGACGACGCCAGCACUGUUCUAAUCCGUACAGACGGUGCUUGCCUCGAGAAUGGCCAGGCCAAUCCCAAGGCCGGCUGGGCUUUCUGGCAUGGCGUUAACGACGAGGGCACUCAACUCGUUGUCAGCGCCAGCCUCGAGGCCAGGGGUCCUUUUGGCGCCGCCGCCGCUCAGACCAGCAAUCGCGCCGAGCUCCGUGCAGUGAUCGCUGCGCUGCGCUUCCGGCACUGGCCUGGCGAAGGGUUCGACACCUUUGUCGCCGCUACCGAUUCCGAAUAUGUGGUCGAAGGCGCUACCAAGUGGGUCAGGACGUGGAUCAGAAACGGUUGGAAGACCAGUGCCGGGCGCGACGUCAAGAACAAGGACUUGUGGGAGGCGCUGCUGGGAGAGGUCGAGCGGUUUUCGGACGACGGCAUGGCCAUCCAGUUCUGGAGGAUCCCGCGCGAGUGGAACACUGUCGCGGAUGCAGCUGCGAAAAGCGCUGCUGCCCAAGAAGAGACGCCGAGCCAGUGGUCCGAGAUCAUCGGAAUGAACAUCUGA